AUGGAAUUUGGUUUCGUGAUAAUACUAUUCUCAUGUGUCUUCUUCUUGCUUCUGUCAUCUUGUGCAACACUAGACACCAUCUCUACAAAUCAAGUAUUCAGAGAUGGAGACACAAUAGUUUCACAUGAUAAUAUGUUUGAACUUGGCUUCUUUAGCCCCGGAAGAUCCAAGAAUCGGUACCUAGGGAUCUGGUACAAGAAGAUAUCCACGGGUACAGUCGUAUGGGUUGCUAACAGGGAGACACCAAUCACAGAUGACUCAGGCAGGCUCAAACUUAGCAGACAAGGAGACCUACUAAUUCGCAGCGGUGACAAUACAAUCAUCUGGUCAUCGAAUUCAACAAUAUCGACGAUCAGUAAUAAUCCAGUGGUGGUGGUGCAGCUUCUGGAUACCGGAAAUCUUAUUGUGUGGGAUAGAAGUACUAAGAACGAACGUGUAAUCUGGCAAAGUUUUGAUCAUCCGGGUAACACAUUCUUACCAGGCAUGAAAUUUGGAAAAGAUUUGGAAACAGGAAGAGAACGAGUUAUAAUACCAUGGAAGAGUGCAGAUGAUCCUUCACCAGGUGAAUAUUUACACUGGCUAGACACAAAUGGAUACCCACAAAUGUUUGUGAGAAAAGGUUCGGUUAUACGAUGGAGAUAUGGACCAUGGAAUGGUCGUAACUUUCAAGCUUUGCGCAUGAAAAACCCAAAUCCUAUUUACUCGGUUCAAUUUGUUUUUAACGAAAAGGAAAUAUAUUUCAAAUAUGAGCUUAAAACAUCAGUUGUUCAAAGGAUCGUUGUGUUGCCAGAUGACACCACUGAGCAUUUGCGUUGGAUGGAUCAAAUCCAAGACUGGGUUGUGCAUUCUGUUAGAGCAGUAACAGAGAUUUGUGGUGGUUAUGGACUUUGUGGGCCAUACGGAAGCUGCAACGGUAAUAGGUACCCCCCUUGUACUUGUAUGGCAGGUUUUAAGCCUCGGGUCCCAGAUGAAUGGGAUAGAGGAAAUGGGUCUAGUGGGUGUGAACGUAAACGGGAUUUUGAUUGUGGAAGUGGGUCUGGCUUUAAAAGAAUUUCAGGACUUAUAUUUCCAGACACACGCCGUUCAUGGUAUAAUCAAAGCAUGACGCUUGAAGAAUGUGAGAUGGCUUGCAGUUUGAACUGCAAUUGUACGGCUUUUGCAAAUUCAGAUAUCAGAAAUGGAGGAAGAGGAUGUUUGCUUUGGUUUGAUGAGCUUAUUGACACCACAGAGAGUGAUGAUAAGCAGGAUCUUUACAUAAAAUUGGCGGCCACUGAGUUAGCUGCAGGAAACGACGAUUCCCCGGCUGGCUUAAACAAGAAAGAAAGAGUAUAUACAGUGGUAUUUUUAACUACAUCUGUUGUGCUAGUUUUAUUUAUGGUGGCAUAUUCUUGUAUAAAGAAACAGAAAAGGCUUCAUAUGAAAGAAAGAGAUAGGUAUGCCCUUGAUAAAAAGGAUAACAGUGUGCGGAUGGAAGAUCUUGACGAGCUACCUUUACUUAGUCUAAAUAAAAUAGUCAAGGCUACAGAUAACUUUAACAUCAACAAAAAAAUUGGAGAAGGUGGAUUUGGUCCAGUUUACAAGGGUGUGUUGGAAGACGGACAAGAGGUUGCUGUGAAGAGGCUCUCAGAAACAUCCCAGCAAGGGAUUGAAGAAUUCAAGAAUGAAAUCAUUUGUAUUGCCAAACUUCAGCAUCGCAAUCUUGUGAAGCUUCUUGGAUACUGCAAUCACAGAAAUGAACUGAUUUUAGUUUAUGAAUACAUGACAAACAAAAGCUUAGACUUAUAUCUAUUUGGUUCGGUUCUCUCUAUAUGA